AUGCAAGCGCCGAAGACGAGAGCCGAACUCCAGCAGCACAAAGCAAAACUUGCAAACUCCUAUUCGGAAUUACUCGAACAAUUCUCCUCGAAAGAACUCAAGACCGUCGGGAACUAUACUUUGGGAAAACUGAUUGGAAAAGGCUCUUUUGGCAAAGUCUACCUCGCGCGACAUAAUCUGACAAAUGGCUCAAAGGUGGUGCUCAAGGCCUCGAACAAGGAGGACCCAAACCUGGCGAGGGAAAUUCAUCAUCAUCGACAAUUCGUCCAUCCGCAUAUUGCGCGACUAUACGAAGUUAUAAUAACCGAGACCCUGGUUUGGCUCGUGCUGGAAUACUGUCCUGGCGACGAAUUGUACAAUUACUUAUGCAGAAACGGCCCGCUGCCGGUCGAGACGGUACAGAAGAUCUUCACUCAGCUGGUCGGGGCUGUGGCAUAUAUCCACAGCAAGUCUUGUGUACACCGCGAUCUCAAGUUGGAAAACGUGCUUCUCGAUAAGAACGACAAUGUCAAACUGUGCGAUUUUGGCUUCACCCGCGAAUACGACGGCAAGGCGAGUUAUCUCCAGACCUUUUGCGGCACGGUCUGUUACAGCGCGCCUGAAAUGCUCCGAGGCGAAAAGUAUGCAGGCGAGAAGGUCGACGUUUGGAGUCUGGGCAUCAUUCUUUACGCCUUGUUGAAGGGGGAGUUGCCUUGGGAUGAGGAUGACGACGCGGCCACCAAAGCGAGAAUUCUGAAAGAGGAUCCCGUCUACCCGGACACCUUCCCGGAGGCCGCCAAGUCUCUCAUUUCAAAGUUGCUGUCUAAACGGCCACUUCAUCGACCGACAUUGGCAGAUAUCUUGGCAGACCCUUUCCUGGCCGAACAUGCGCCACAACAGCAGGCCAUUCUGAAGCUCUCUCAGCCGGCACCUUUUACUACACAACUGGAGAAAGACACGCUCGAACGCAUGAGAGCCGCGGGCGUCGACAUCGACAAAGUCAUUGAAAGUGUCCUGGCACGUCGCUGCGACGCACUGGCCGGCUGGUGGACUCUAUUGUUGGAAAAGGAGACCAGAAAGCAAGCUCGGAGGGAGCAGAAAAGAAAAGAAAGGGAGGCAGAGCUGAAAAUCCUCCGUCGGCUCAGUGGCGCAAGUAGUCGACUGGAACGGAUUGCAACAACCCUGGUCGAGGUUGACGAAGAAGGCGGUAAUCAUGGCGGCAACGACAAUCAGACGACUGAAAGACGCCGAAGCAGCAGUCGAGGUAGGACGCAGCGGAGCAGCACGCCUCAGAUCGUGGUUGGUGACCUACCACAACUUCCUGAAGGAGAUGUCGCCCCAUCAGCCGGGACCUCAACCCCUCCGCCGCCUCCUAUCGACAAGGAUUCGAUUCGUUCAUACAGUGGUUCAAGGCCCCCUUUGCCUCCGAAGGAGAGGAGCCGACGGAGCAGCACGCUGCAACUUGUCGCGUCAAAUCCAGAUCUACUGAGUUCUUUGCAUGGCGUGAGCAAGAGCCGUGGUGGAAGGCUCCAUAACAGGCGUUUCUUGACAGCACUGAAGCAUUGGUUUGUCGAGUCCACCAAAAGGGCAAGGUCUCCAGGCACUCCGAAGAGCGACAAGACAGCGAAUGGUCAUAUGGGCAAUCAACAAGCCUCCAAGUCAGCCAAUGCUUUGUAUUCUACCGAUCGAAAUGGCAGGUUCGUGUCGGGCAACGGAGAAUCUAACAGGUCUUCGUACGGGUCGGCAUUGGCACCAGCCACUGCAAACACCAAUUCCACUGCUACUGCUGCUGCUGGACAAGGCACAAAGUCAACAACGUUGCCGCGUGUCGACUCUAGCAAUCGUGGAAAGAGUCAUCGCAACUCGGCCUCUUCGCCUUCUCCACUGACGCCUCGAUCGUCGUACCGCCGCAGCUCUACAGGCCUACGAGGGCGGAAAUCAACGUCUUCGUCCGUGUCCUCGAUUCGAAGUAUGCCUCGACAGACCUCCCACCACAGCAAGGCAUCGUCGCAAAGCUCCAACAGCCUCGACACGAUCCACAGCUCGGGGCCUGGACCUUCCAAGACCGGCAGUGGCACAUAUACUAGCAGGUCACCACAUUCGUCGAUCAAGGUUCUUCCGGCAACUCCUACGACAGCCUCGAACAACUUUUACCGCUUAGCCACAUCAUCCGCUGCGGACCGCUUGGAAUCCCAGAAUAACAGCAACAAACCGGCUUUUCUCAAUCUGUCAGGAACGCGUAAUAAUGACGAGACUUCUUUUGGUGGUGGUAUACCUGGGCCUGGUACACCACAAGCCGGCACCUUUGGAGGUGGGGCUGGUACUGGGACUGGGGUCAUGUUUGCCCGACGGAAAAAGUCGCCGUUCAAGGGACCCAUGUUGAACUCGGCCUUCUUUUCGGCCCCUUCGUCUAAUGUUCCUGCUGCGUUUGGCAGUCCGGCGAUUAUGGCCGGUCGACACCGAGAAGGGUCUGAUGGGAAAUUGAAUUUGGGACUCCGAGAUCUCGUGGGCAGAGGAAGAGGUGACAACAGAUCCGGUUCACGUGAUGGAGGAGGAGGGGCAGGCACGGGCAGUGGCGCGGGCAGUGGUAAACGUAAAAGUCAAAUCAUCGAAGAAGAAGAUGAAGAUGGUGAUGCUGGAGCUGAACAGGCUGUCAUGGAAGAAGAUGAGGCAAAGACGGGGGCUGAGGAGGGGUCUCGUCCAUACCGUCCCGUAAUGGAAGGCGUCGAAGAACAUGACGGCGAUGAAGAAGAGGUUGAAGAAGUCGAUGCGUUUCCUGCCAUUGAACUCAACAAGGGCGAACGGGUGGAGAGUAUCACGAUCUGGAAUGAUGUUGCCGGCAGCGGCAGCGGCAGUGGUGAUGAUGGAGAUGGAAAUCAGAGUCCAAAGUCACAGACAGCUGCAGGAGAAGCUGCUUCUUCUUAUCCGCAAAUGCCCAAAGUCGAGGUCUUCCAGGGUGAAGGACUUCAUGAACGUCUGCAUGAAGAGGGGGCUGUUGUUGUCCUCGAUGGGAAGGGUUGA